AAUAAUUGAAAGAUGGUUAACAAUAUUUAAAUGUAUUGUGUCAAAUUCAUUCAUAUUGUACUCUUUAACUUCAGAAUGACGGGUAUCUUCUUAGCGCGUAGACGUGAUUGAUAACUCCGCAUGAGUAUUCUUGUUUUAUUGAACUUUUGACAUAAAGUAUAUUUUAAAAGAUGAGUGAAAAUGUGCAAGGAACGUUUAUUUCACAAAAGAUAUCAAAGAUAAGAUGGAAACGAGAAGAAUUUGCAGAAAUGAAAAGUUUUUUGACCGGCAGUUGGGAUGAUCCAGUAAACAAAAUAACUCAUUGGUCUCUUACAACAAAUGAUGACGAUGAAACAUAUCCAGUUGUUGUAUCUGAAUAUUCAUUCCUUGGUGAUGUCACAGAAAUAAAGUUCAUAAACAGUAGCUUUUUUGUGGCAUCAUCAUCCUUGGGUUCGGUCAGAUUAUUGCAAAUUCAAGAGAACCCAGUUCCUCAGUUUAAAGAACACAUGGCAUGGGAAUUUUUACAUAAUUUUCAAACGUCAGAUUACGCUCCAUGCACUGCACUUUCUAACUUUGAACAAGAUAUAGUUUCUGUAGGUGAAGAUGGUAGAAUAAACCUUCUAACAACUACACAAAAGAAACCAGUUAGAGUAAUUGAGAAUGCAGAUAGCUGUUCAAUUUAUUGCGUUGACUUUUUACGACAUAGUGAAAUACUAACAGGCAAUUUGAGAGGACACAUGAAAGUUUGGGAUUUAAGAAAUGAUCAAGAUAUACCUGCAACUACCUUCAUGCUUUCCGAUGAGACUAAAGUAUUGCAUACAUUUGAUAUUUUAAUUGUGAUUGUAGUUAAUAUAAUUUUCUUAAAACAUCAAAUAAUUAAAUACAAUAUUUUUCAGACCGAAGCUAUGAGUAUCGCACAUCAUCCGACACAGAGGCAUAUAAUAGUUGCAGGUGGUGGCGAUGGUAGUUUAACUGUAUGGGAUUUAAGACAUCAUACUUAUCCCAUAUCACAGCUUAACGCUCAUGCAAGAGCAGUGAGCGAAAUAAUGUUUCAUCCAGAUAGACCAGAAAAUUUAUUUACAUGUUCGACCAGUGGUGAAUUAUGGCAUUGGAACAAUUCACAACAAUCCAAACUUAGAUUAGAUUCAACGGAUACUCAUUGGUUAAAUACAAUAGGAACAAAUAGUAAUAUCAAUGUUACAUCGCUCUGUUGCGUUAUGCAUAAACCAAUAAACAGUAUUGACAUUGAUAAAUCCAGUUUAUUAUUUGGAUGUGAUAACGAAGCUAUGUAUAUUGUCAAAAAUGUAGCUAUAUAACAAUUUAAUAGAAUAAAUAUUCAUUUUCAUAUUACAUCAAACUAUU